CUUCAUCAAUCCACUCAACCAACCAAUCCUCCCCCAACCAAACAUGAAGAAACUUUCUUACCUUCUUCUUCUUUUUCUUCUACUCAUAAUUGUUCUACUUGCAAUAAUUUUUAAUGUUAGUUACCAAGACAAAACAACUUUAUUUCUUCAUGUUGAUGAUCUCAAAGCCCCUCCUGUACCAGCACUGAUGUGGUAUGUGCUUACAUGGCCACCAACAUUUUGUCUGAAGCUAAGACCUCCAGCUCAGUGCAUUAAACCAAUUCGUGAUCAUGAAUUCACACUUCAUGGACUUUGGCCAGCUGAUGCAAAUGGAAAAACAAUUUCCUGCACCAUUACUGUACCUGUAGAUUAUGACAGGCUGUUUCGACCAAUAGAAGCACAACUUAACACAUUUUGGCCAGAACUUAAAGAAAACCAACCCCAAUAUAGCAUAUGGAUACAUGAGUGGGAAAAGCAUGGAGUGUGUGGGUUAACAACAGCAAAAGAAUACUUUGAUGCAGCCAUAAAGACUAAUGGCUUGUUUACAAGGGGAAACUUGUACAAUUACUUGGCAUCAAGUAACAUUGUUUCAUCUGAUCACGUGGCUUACACUCAAGAUGAUAUUAUUAAGGCUAUUCAAACUGUGUUUGCUCCUGCUCCUGCUCUCGGUGUUUACCUGAGAUGUACAGCAAUUGAUUCGACAAACACAACUCAUGGUUACUUGAGCGAGGCUGUCGUGUGCACUACUAUGGAUGGCUCUAACUUUGUCACGUGCCCACCGCGUGCAAGAAAUUGCGAUAAGUUUCCCAACAUUGUGAUCCCUCCUGGACCUCCAAGUCUGGCUCCAGCACCAGCACCAACAAUACCAAUAACAUUGCGGUCGCCGAGAUUUCAAGAAGAAACAUAUGUGACAUAUUCGACGUUCGAAAAAUCAAGGGCUAAAUUUAAUGAAUGGUUGACAUUAAUGUUUGGCUUAGAAUAAAUAAUAAAAGGGGAGAAUGGAGUAAAAAUGUUGUAAACCCCCCCCACUUGUACUUAUUCGUAUUGUACUUUAAUUUUAUUAUUGUUCCUUCAAUAAAAGUUUAUUUUGUUUCUUCUUUUA